AUGUGGUUCGCCAAAGCCAGUGGUGGUGGUGGUAGUGUGUUGAAAGAUGGCACGCGUGUUGCUCAUAUGACAACAACUGAACUUCCAGCCCCGGUCACCAUGGCGUUCGCGUUACAGACGCCUGAAAUCCAGUUGAUGGACUCGAGGCGUUGUUGGGACGUCUGGAUUGAGAGUUGCAUUUUUGUGCUACAUGUGGGUGGGUGA